AUGUCUACUAUACCAGCUGCCGAGAUCCCAACUGUGUCACUUCUCUAUCACUUGAAGAAGUUGACUCCCUACAAAGCAGAUACUACAGACGAAUUCACUGCGACUCCAAAUCAAUCUUUUAAUGAUCGCAUCGGCUUGAUCCGUGGUGACAUUACCCAUCUCGAAGUUGACGCAAUUGUUAAUGCCGCCAACAAUUCUUUACUUGGUGGAGGAGGUGUUGACGGAGCUAUUCAUCGUGCUGCUGGACGAGACUUGUUGAGGGAAUGUCGAACUUUGAAUGGUUGUAGGACUGGAUCCGCUAAGAUUACUGAUGCCUAUGAACUUCCUUGUAAGAAAGUCAUCCAUGCCGUCGGACCGGUCUACGACAGUUAUAGGCCGGAUGUUUCUGAGGAGAAACUCGAAGGAUGCUACAAGACAAGUCUGGAUCUAGCCGUUGAGAAUGACUGCAAGACUAUCGCUUUCAGCGCCUUAAGCACCGGAGUUUAUGGUUAUCCUAGUGAUGAAGCUGCUCCUGUCGCUCUUAUGACUGUUAGGAAAUUUCUCGAAAGUGAGAAAGGCUCGAAGAUGGAGAAGAUUAUAUUCUGCACCUUCGUUGCUAAGGAUGUUGCCGCUUACAACAAAUGGAUUCCACGUAUCUUCCCCUCAACAGAACCUGAUGCCGAAGAGGAAUGGGAGGAAGUCGAUGAGGUUGAAUCUGCUGAGAAUGGAGGUGUGUUGGAGAAGGGUACUGAUAAUGCCAAGGAUGAUGCAGAGGCGAGUAAGGUUGAGCUUCCGGAAGUUCCAACCAAGGAACCGAUUGAGGAUGAAGGACAUGCUGCAAAGAAGCAGAAGUCUGGGGAUGAUGAGAAAUUGUGA